CGCGCUUCCCAUUGGCCAGUUAGUCUCGCACCGCCCGCAUGGCCCGUUCAAGAUGGCAACCAAGCGCGAUCUGAGGUGGCCACGGCGGUUGCUGUGGGGGUUGUGGCUGGCCCGGGGCGCUCCACAGAGCCCGGGUUCCGGCCUGAGCCUAGAAGGGAGGACUUAUUCCCAGGGCGACGGCCCAUACUCGCGCACGGCGCUCUAUGAACUGCUCGGCGUGCCCACCACAGCCACGCAGGCGCAAAUCAAGGCGGCCUACUACCGACAGAGCUUCCUCUACCACCCGGACCGCAACUCGGGGAGCGCCGAGGCUGCCGAGCGCUUCACGCGCAUCUCCCAGGCCUACGUGGUGCUGGGCAGUGCCACCCUGCGUCGCAAGUAUGACCGCGGCCUGCUCAGCGACGAGGACCUGCGCGGACCUGGCGUGCGGCCCCCCAAGGCGCCGGUCCGCGACACCGGCUCGCCCCGCCCCCCGCCCCCUGCGUCUCAGGCCCACGGCCGCGGUCAGGCCACCGCGGGCGGCAACCGCACCAUGUUCGACUUUGACGCCUUCUACCAAGCUCACUACGGAGAACAGCUGGAGCGUGAACGGCGCCUCAGGGCCCGGCGAGAGGCCCUACGCAAACAGCAGGAGGACCGGGCCAAGAAGGGCUUCCACUGGGACGAUACCCGAGACGCGACCUUUGUCUUCCUUCUCCUCACGGUCUUCAUCAUCAUGGGCUUUCGUUUUUAAAAGGAGAGAGGAGGAAAGGGAGCAGCCCCCCGCCAGCCCCGAGAAAAUGGCCUUUCCGGUGUUCUUGAACCCUUUGCCUUCCAUAGUCUACCUCUGCGGGGGUCCGGAGAAACUGCUCUCCCCCCUCCUGUUCCCUGCCCGCCCAGGUUAGCAGUUCACGUACGCUUCCCUCCCCUGCGGUCCAGAAAAGAAGGCUUCUCGAUGCCCAAGAAAGAGGCCCCAAGAAGAAGAGUCCCAAAAGCCCGAGAGUGAAGGGUUUUCUGGAGUCCCUUGGGUGCCUGCUUCCAGAGGUUGCCUUCCUGAUGUCAGCUUCUGGAACACUUGCUCGGGCUUUAUUGUAAAGCUCUGAGCAACAAUUGUCUGCUCCUGCCCCGCGCUUGUACCGUGGGGCUCCUGUGUAACCUUGAACCGUGCAAUGUGACCAAUUGUUGGCUGCCAAAAGAAAAAUUGUGGGGUUGUACGAACCUUGUCUUUCUGUGAGUUCCCCAGCCACAGGUGAGACCUGACGUAAGACUGUGAUCUUUGGAAACCUUGCCAUUCUUGUAUGAUCAGCCCCAGACCCCACUCCCUUUUCUGUUGAUGGCAUGUGGGAGUGGGAGAGCAAGGUCAUGGAGCAUAAGGAAUUGAGUGUUCCUGUGCCCACACUUAUCUAAUGUGUAUGACCUUGGAGAAAUUACUCUGUGGGCAUGACAGCAGAGGAACAAAUCAUUUGCUCUCUUGAGGCCUGUCACACUUUAUUAUCUACAGUUCUAAUGGGCUCAUUGAUUAAAACAUGAUGUGAUAGA